AUGCUGAAAAGUCCUUAUGAUACCGAUUGCAUAACUUGGAGUCCUCAAGGUCGCUUAUAUCAAGUAGAAUAUGCAAUGGAAGCAAUUAAGCAAGGAUCCCUCUGUGUUGGUUUAAAAUCUAACCAGUUUGCAAUUCUUGCAACCUUGAAUAGAGCACCCUCAAAGCUAGCAGAAUAUCAGCAAAAGGUUUACAUGAUAGACGAUCAUAUUGGACUCUGCUUUUCAGGACUCACUGCUGACGGAAGACUUAUUUGCAAAUUCUUAAGAACUGAAGCAUUAAACUACAAAUAUACUUAUGGAACCAAUUGCAAUCCUGGAAGACUUGUCAAUAGACUCUCUGAAAAGGCUCAAAUCAAGACUCAGAGAUCGAGUAAGAGGCCUUAUGGAGCUGGCUGCUUAAUUGCUGGGUUUGAUGUAAAUAAUAUAUAGGAGCAUGGCCCUCAUAUCUACGAAACUAAUCCUGAUGCGAAUUUUUAUGAAUAUUAUGCUUUUGCUAUUGGAUCUAGAAACCAGUCUGCUAAGACAUAUUUGGAAAAGAACUUCGAAACAUUUCCAGAAGGUAAAUUUAAUUUAGCAUCCCGUGAUGAGCUAGUCAAGCAUGCUAUAAAAGCAGUCAAGGUAUCUGCACAAGGAGAUGUUGAGCUGAAUGGUAAAAGUGUAAGUGUCGCGAUUGUGGGACAAGGUCAGCAGUUUGCUUUUAUUGACGAGAAUGAAGUAGAAAGAGUUCUUGAGUCACUAAAUCAAGAAAUGGAGGUAGAAGUUUAA